AUAACUUAAAAGUAGAGACAAAACAUCGAAGUAAUAACGGUCUCCCUCUACAUCGGAUAGAAAUAAGAAGUUAAGUUAACGGAGUGAGUGAGAGUGUCAGCGAUGGACAUUCCAUUCCCUGCUCUCAAAUCCCUCAACUUAGCAUCAAACCCUUUUCAUUUUCGUUCCAAAUUUUCUCUUUUUCGUCAAACAAUCACUUCACUUCAAUUCAAACACACUUCACCUUUUCCCUCCAUUUCUACACCUCGUUUCCACCCCCUUUGUUCUCUCAAUGGUUCUUCUGCUGUUGAAAUAAGCAAAGAAGAAGGUAGUUUGCCUCAGGGUGUUGGAGAGGCAGUUAAUGAAGCUUCACAUUCAAACAUUCUUCAGGUUGUGCUUGUUUCCCCACAGAUUCCAGGAAACACUGGCUGCAUUGCCAGAACAUGUGCAGCAUCAGCUGUUGGACUACACUUAGUUGGGCCAUUAGGAUAUAAGGUGGAUGAUACCAAACUAAAGCGAGCUGGAUUGGACUACUGGCCAUACGUAGUUGUUAAAAUCCACGAUUCUUGGGAAGGUUUUCGUGAUUAUUUCAGACAACAGGAGGGUGAAAAGAGGUUGCUAGCAUUUACAAAGAGGGGAACAAAAAUUCACUCUGACUUUUCGUACAGAAAAGGCGAUUAUCUUUUAUUCGGUUCAGAAACGACUGGCCUUCCACCUGAAGCCUUGUUAGACUGCAAAACUGAACCAUUUGGUGGUGGGACUAUUAGGAUCCCAAUGGUUGAAACAUAUGUCAGGUGUUUGAAUCUAUCAGUAAGUGUUGGCAUAGCUUUGUAUGAAGCUUCUAGACAACUAAACUAUGCAUCACUUCAGAUACCUUCAGAAACAUGUACUGAUACUGAAGAAGAAUCAUUCAUUACUGAAGACAUUUUUGGUUGAUCAUUAUUUAUUUUUUACAUUUCAAUAUAGAGAACACUCCUUUGGUUUUUUUUUUUCCUAAAUCAAGGCCAUAGUCCAAGUUAAGGGAGCACAUAGAAGAGUUAGUUUAGAGUUGAUUUGGAUUUAUCUUUAUGAUAUAAAUAUUUAAAUAAGUAUUUAGAUACACCUGUAAAAACAACUUAUAACAUGUUAAGUUGUUGGCAAAAAUAUACACCUUUAGUCUUUUAAGUUUAGUUCAAUUUUCA